AACUAUUGGACAAGCACAGGUCUCUGUUCUGUCUCUCUCUCUCUCGUUCGCUCGCUCUCGCUUCGCUCUGGGGUCCAUUCCUUUCCUUCCGGCGAAGCCCUACGAGAAGCUCCCGCUGGAAAAAUUUCUUCCUUCGACCAAGCGAAAUCCUAAUCUCUUCAGCCGAGCUCCCAAGAGGGAUCGAUUCCAUACUUUAAGGCCAUGGCUGCAAAGAUUCUUGCUAACUUAAUAGUGAUGGGCUCAGGUAUAUUGGCGAGGGCUGUCGUUCAGGCAUACCGUCAAGCACUUGCCAAUGCCUCAAAAUCUGGUGUUGCCCAAGAAACAUUACAAAACAGUGUCCGUAGAGCAAGCAAAGCAAUGACAGAGCAAGAAGCUAGGCAGAUUCUUGGUGUCUCUGAGCAAACUGCUUGGGAGGAGAUUUUGAAGAAAUACGACACUUUGUUUGAGAGGAAUGCCAAGAAUGGGAGCUUUUACCUACAGUCGAAGGUUCAUAGAGCCAAGGAAUGUCUAGAGUCUGUGUAUCGAGAUAAAGGUCAGGGUACCCCUAGUUGAAAACUUGGUGGAGGUCUCUUUGCAUAUAGUAUACCUUGCCCCUUUAUGACUUUUUUUUUUUCUAAAAAAAAAAAAAAAAAAACCUGUCCUUGCCCCUUUUACUGUAUAAUUAACAUUAUAGUCUUAUGGAUGGCCUGAAUAUUGUACCCAUGAGUUGCAAAGUGGUAGUCUUAUAGUCAA